CUGUGGCAGAUGUCCACUCUACGGCUCUACCUCGUUCAAUGAUUUGUCCUCUCUCUCUCUCUCCCUGCGGUUGACGGGGAAGUUACGCAGAGUUCGGGACAUAAAUCCGUAUCCUCAGUGCUUCAGUCCUGUUUCAUCUGCUCACAGAGCCUCAGACCCAGACCCACCCAGAAACCAGGGUCCUUAAAGUUUCAACGAGAAAAAAAACAACUGAAAAUCCUCCUGUUAAAAACGGGUUUCCUUCCUAAUUCCAACUAUAGCAACAACAGCAGAACAGGUUAUUCUCUGAAGAGGUUUUGAAUGCUUUAUUGCUGGAAGAAUCAAUUUUAAAUUGGAUUUUGAAAUUUUCGAUUUCUCUCCCUCUGGAAAGAGUAUUGAACAUUGAGUUAACAUCGAUGAAAUUGUUUGUUUAGAGAGGGAGAGAGGGUGAGAGUUAUGGCUUCUUCUCAGAGCAAUAUUCACUCCGAAUCAGCAAAAAUUGAGCAGAUAAUUACUGAGUUUUUUACAAAGAGUUUGCACAUAAUACUAGAGUCCAGGUCUCCAUGUGUUUCCUCGCGGAAUUACAGUGGAGAGCAGAUUCUUUCGUCUCCAUCAUCGUCCUCGUCUUCGUCUUCGAGUGUCAAGCCUAGAGAUAAAUGGUUCAACUUAGCACUUCGGGUCUGUCCAUCUGCUUUAGAGAACAUUGACCUCUGGCGUCAGAGCAAUCAGGAACCGAUGGUGGUUGAUGUGAUUCUCAUCCAGAGACCGACGGACUUGGAUCCUGUUCGGUGUUCUCCGAGGAGAGGCCUUGCGAGGAACUACUCUUUGAAAGAGAGGUUUAGGAAUUGUUGGAAUCCUGGGCAGGAAGAAUAUCCUUCGGAAGUGAAAAGAGAAAAGAUUAUAGAGAGGUGGAUUGUGCAGUAUGAGAGCCGGAAGAGUAGGGACUCAAGUUCAGGGGGCAAGAGGACGGGCAGUACUAGUUCCCACUCAUUGUAUAAGAAAUCCAUUAUAUUGUUAAGGUCUUUGUAUGUGACUGUGAGGCUAUUACCUGCAUACAAGCUCUUCAGAGACCUCAAUUCGUCGGGGCAAAUUCACACAUUUAACCUUGAUCAUAGAGUCUGUUCCUUUGUUGAGCCUUUCACUCGUAGAGAGGAGGCAGAGAUGCAGCAAUUUGGGUUCAUGCCCAUCGAUACUAAUGGGGGCAGGCUUUCCCUUUCUGUGUUGUACCAUCCAAAACUGUCAGAUGUGAACUUGGAAUCUUCAACCCCAAUAUCCACACAGCUCAUACCAGAUUAUGUGGGGAGCCCGAUGACAGAUCCUCUUAAAAGAUUUCCUUCUCUUCCUGUGACAACUCAUGUUUCACCUUCUUCUGCCCCAUUUUGUAGGCGACACAGCUGGAGUUAUGACCUUUAUGGAGCCUCUGCACCUUCAGCAUCUCCUUCACCCUCACCAACAUACUCAGAUUCCCGUGGUUUCCCUUCUAAUAUGACUUCCAAUCGCCUCCCGCCUACAAGCUCACCCCAUCACCCCCCUGAAACUCCACUCUCAAGCAAUACAUCUUUGGCUCAUAACAAAAAUACAAGUUUUGAUGAGUAUUGGCCAUCACCUACAUUCUCUCCCUCUCCUUCCCCAUCUCCGCCAACCCAUGUACCUGGUGAUCAUCUGUCGAAGGCUCUUUUACGUUCUGAAAGUGCUCCAGUCAGCAUAUCUGCAGCUAAGCUUGGUGGAAGCCCAGGAUUACCCACCACUCAUAUGCUGCCUCCAUCGCCUUCCCUAAAAGGCACACGACCUGGUUUGCAGAUUGAUAAUGUUAGAGCUCCAGCGAGGCCAGCAGAUGUUCAGACCUGCAUAACAGCUCAGAAGAUACUCUAUGCUGGGAGGGAUGAGGUUGGAAAUCUUUCUGGAGCAAAGAUAUCAUCUAAUAGUUCACCAAGGAUUUCAUUUUCAAGGAGCUCUAGCAGGUUGUCUUUCCAGGAUGAGUUUGAUGGUUCUGAUUUUGCCUGCCCAUUUGCUGUCGAUGAUGAUGAUCUAAUGGAUCUUCAUACCAGGCCUGAAUCUUUUGAUGGAAAAAGACUUCUCAGUGAGCCACUUGAGCCCGGUGGACUAUUUCCAAUAAGAAAAUCCCAAGAUGCUGCUGUUGGUUCUCUUGUACGCAUGCUAAAGACAGCCCCACCUCUCCAUCAUGACUCCAACUCCUUCAAGUUGUCACGUGCGUCUGAGCCUGAAAACAGGAGCAAGAGCACCAAAGAAGCUGAGGAGACCUCUGACUUGGAAGUGAAAGAGGUUCAGAAUACUGCAUCUUGUUCAAGUUUCACGUCAUCUAGACUUCUUAUGUCUAAGACAACUGCUGAUGCAUUGGAAGAGCUCCAGGGCUACAGAGAGAUUAAAGAAUUGUUGCUCAGGCAAAGUAGUAGGUCCCAGACAGUAGCCAAUGAUGCCCAUGUAGCACAAUCUGUAAGUGGAGACACAAAGUGAUUUUGAGCUUUUCUUGCCAUAGGAAACCUGUACAUAUGUGCAUCUUUCUAUUUGAAGUGGUCUUGCAGGCACAGAUGGGGUUUGUUCAGCAGCCCUCUUAUGGAGCCUUUCUUCACAUAUAUAGAAAAUGUAUAGCCAUGCUUAUAAUAGAACUCACGUAUGGUUUCACCAUGUUCUUAAUUACUUCCUAUGUAAUUAUGUAUAAAGCACUUCUCAUACUUGAUGGUUCAUAUAUAAUUGUAUAUAGACGGAAAAUUGAAUUAUGGGUGCAUCCAGCCAUGACCUGUUUUGCUCUUCACAA